GGACAGGUCUCGUGCUGGACUUGUUUACGCACGCGCCCUCUUCCUGCUGCACCAACAUGCCGACUGACAACAAACGUGUCCGCGGCCCCGAGGUGUCCCAAAGUCCGUCUCUGUUUGCAUGCAAGCCGGCGGCUGUCCUCCCGGCGCACGGCCCCAGAGCGGACGGUCGGCAGCGGGAUCAGGUGGACGUCCGGCCGGUGUUUGUCCGCUGCGGGCUCGUGAGCCAGGCCAAAGGCUCCGCGUACAUCGAGGCUGGAGACACCAAGCUGAUGUGCUGCGUUUACGGCCCCAGAGAGACGGAGCGGAAAGACGAGACCGACAUGAAAUGUGGAAGGUUGACUACUGACAUGCGUUUUGCUCCAUUUUCCUGCCCGGAGAGGGGCUCCUGGAUUCAGGGGAGCCAGGACAAGGACUUUUCCCUGAUGCUGCACGAGAGUCUACAGCCCGCCGUGUGCCUCCACAAAUACCCCCGCUCUCAGAUCGAGGUCAACGUGAUGAUCCUUGAGAACAGCGGCUCGGUUCUGGCCCACGCAGUCACGUGCGCUUCUCUAGCUCUCGCGGAUGCAGGGAUUGAAAUGUACGAUCUGGUGCUCGGUUGCUCCAUACGGCAGGAUGGCGCCUCUUAUGUGGUCGACCCCUCUUACAUGGAGGAGAACAGCUGCAGCUCGGUCAGCGGUGAGAACCAGGGCCGCCUGACUGUUGCGUUCCUCCCCAGCCUGAACCAGAUAUCUGGGCUGCAGUCGGAUGGAGAAAUGACUGAGGAGACGCUGACGGCGGGGGUUCGGACCUGCAUAGAGGGAUGUUAUAAACUGUACCCGGUCAUCCAGCAGGCCCUGGCCAAAGCUGUGCGCAGGGCCGCGCCCCCACCAUCAGAGAGCUGAGAGACUCAAUAACUGCUCGGGUUCAUUGUUUUUCUACUUUAUAAUUUCCAGCCCUGACUUUUUUGACAAUAUGUCUCUAUGAUUGCUAUUAUGUUGUUUACUUAAACACAAAUAAGACGGAUUUAACUGUAUUUUCUUAUUAAAUGAUAUACCCAUGCAUUUAUGUGUUUUAUUCUGCAUUUGAAACUUUAAAUUUUAAACAUUGACCUUGGAAAGGG